ACAGCUGUGAGCUGUGAAUGGCACCAAAACUGCCUUUGUUCUCCUCCCCAGUGGGCAGGACGGAGGCCAGAGGGUAUAAAGGGAGCAGAGGCCCAGCUCACAGCCCCGCUCCCUGUCCCAUCCCCAGCCAUGGGCCACCUUGCUGUGCCCACUGCUGCCAUGCUGCUCUGCCAGCUGGGGCUCACCACGGCCAUCCAAUGGCUGUGAGUAGUGGAGAGCAGCUGGGGGAUAGGAGGAGGAUCCCUUGGGUGUCCCCAGCAGCAGGUCCCCCAGGGUCUGCCCCUGUCUCCCAUUCCCUGGGUCCCCAACCUGAUGCCUGCAGACCCCAACCUUUCAUUCCCAUCCCAGUGCCCAUCACCCCCAUCUGCUCAUCCCCGUCCCUGUGCCCAUGGUCUCCUCAUAACCCAACCUCUCUCAACAGAGCAUUGGCAGAGAAUGGCAGCAGAGUGGCCUGGGACAGAAGCCACCACUGCCGGCUGCUGGCCGGGCUUGUGCCUGACCAGGUCCAGAUGUGCCACAGGAACCUGGAAGUCAUGCACAGCAUCGUUCAGGCUGCCAGCGAGACCAAGAGCAUCUGCCAGAAGACCUUUGCAGGCAUGAGGUGGAACUGCUCGUCCAUCCAGCGUGCCCCCAGCUUUGGUCCUGACUUGCUGAAAGGGACCAGGGAAUCUGCCUUUGUCCACGCACUCUCUGCCGUCACCAUUGCACACUCCAUUGCCCAAGCCUGUGCCUCAGGGUUACUGCCGCUCUGCUCCUGCGGCUCUGUCCCCUCUGAGGUUCCCGGGCCAGACUUCAGAUGGGGUGGCUGCGGGGACAACCUGCACUAUGGCCUCCAGCUUGGUGCUGCUUUUACUGACAACCCCCUAAAAUCCAGCAAGCUGGGACUGCGGGCUCUCAGGGCCAUGAAUCAGCACAACAUGGCAGGCAGGCAGGUGCUGAGCGACUCCCUGCACACCAACUGCAAAUGUCACGGUGUUUCAGGCUCCUGUUCAGUGAAGACCUGUUGGAAGGCACUGCUGAGUCUGGGUAAAAUUGCCUCCGAGCUCAAAUCCAAGUACCUGGCUGCCAUCAGAGUGAGCCACCGCCUUGUGGGGCACAGGAAGCAGCUGAAGCCCACAGAAACGGGCAUCAGGGUGGUGAGAGAGACGGACCUGGUUUACCUGAUCAACUCCCCCGACUACUGCAUGCCCAAUGUCCACCUGGGGUCUGUGGGCACACAGGAUAGGCAGUGCAACAAGACGUCUGCGGACAGCAAUGGCUGCAACCUGCUGUGCUGUGGCCGUGGCUACAAUGCUUACAUGGAGGAGGUGGUGGAGAGGUGUCACUGCAAGUACCGCUGGUGCUGCUACGUGGUGUGCAAGAGAUGCAAGCGGCUGGUGGAGAGAUAUGUCUGUAAAUAGAGUAGGGUAUCACAGCAGGCAGCAGGAGUUGUCCUCCAGUGUGCACCAUCUGCAAGCAGUGCUCUGAAGGGGUUUAUGCUGCAAGCCUGGACUCUGGAACUACAACAGAAGACCUCAAACUGGGUGUUGAUGGGAAGCCUCAAACCAGAGGACAACCUCUGCCCUGCCACUCCAGAGCAAGACAAAGAGCUGCCCUCCUGAAGCUGAUCCACAUCUAGCCCUCUGUCUCCAGCUGGGGACAACCAUUUAUCACUCGGCCAUGUUCUCCAGGGGUGAAUGGGGACACUGCACUGCCAUUGUCCUUUUGCAGGAGGCUUUUGACAGUGGUGUGAAAGCCAGGAGUGAUGGAUGAGAAGAUGGGUAAAGAGUUGUCCAUGGGGGAAGGCUACAGGGGAAAAAAGCUGCUGAGGGCGAGGGGGUCCUGGCAGAUUCCCUGAGGCCAGGUUUCAGCUGUGGGUUCACCCAACACCACUAAAUGUUCCUCUUCAUGGGCAAACGCUGUUCCAGUGCUUUUUGCAGCAUCUGAAAUAAAGAGCAGAGGCAGAGUCAGUUAUGGCUCCAGGAGACAGAACUCAUUGCUCUCCUCUAUGACCCACAUGAAGAUGGCUGCAGGUCUCACAGUGACAAGACUUGAGCCGUGGCUGAUGGCAGAACACGGGUCUGCAGGCAGGAGCAGUCCUGAGUAGGGCAGAAUGGCAGGACUGCACCUCAGCCACACGCUCACAGGGCAACCACAGCAGCACUAAAGCUCUGCCCCUGCAUUCACCUUGGAAGUGGAAGCCCAUUCAAUAUGUAGUGUCCUUCCUGCCCUUGCUUUCAGAUCACUGACACUUCAGCUGCUCUUUCUACUUCCUGACCCCAGGUGUGUUGGCAGUGGCCUGGAGAGAGGACAGGACUCCAGGGUCCUGAGGAAAUAAGCUUAACUCUUUAGACUCAGUGUAAGUAAGAUUCUGGUGUGUGUUGCUUACAUAAAUGUACCAUACCAUGCCUUCGUGACAGACCUACAUGUCACCUCCUCCCACCAUCCCCUUGGCAUUCAGUUGGCCCCAGAGAGAACAAGGCUGGAAGCAGAGGGUGAAGCACAACACAUAAGGUUCUGGUAGCUGGAAACAGAGGUAGCUGGGGCACAUUUUCUGAUCCUCAUGUAUGUGGGUUGGGAUGCAGUGUGCAUCAUGGAUGGGGUCCUGAUUUGCCUUUUUCUUCCUUCCGUUGCCAUGACAGCUUCUAGCAGGAGAGCUGAAGAAGCGCUUUCAUAGAAUGAGAUUCCAGUUCGUGCAGCUUUUAUAGGGAAGGGAUGAACUUAAAAGUGUGUGUGCUGAGAACCCACAGCACAAGGAGCACAGGUAGAUAUGCCUGAGACCCCAGGGCAGCUUCCUGCAGCUCCCACCACAACCUGGAGGCUCUGGCAGCCUUGCGUGCGCCUUGUGUAAUUUGUGGUUUGCAUUGAAUAGAGCUGGCUGUGCUCAGUCCUGAGUCCAGCUGUAAGAUUACUCAUUUCCAUAUUCAUUCAUUUUUAACAGCCUCAGCUGGGUCACAGAAUCAAUUCAUAAGCUUUUGUUGUAAACCAUCCCAUCCAUUUAAUGUGCUCCAGGUUUCUCUAUUAACAAUGAGUAAGGGCUGAUGAGAGUCCAAGGUGGCUUGAAACAAGGCUGGGAGUUGGAAGCUCAAAUCCUCAGGGGGUGAGGCAUAUGCUCACAUAGCUAACCAAGUGAGUUAACCAUCAUUAUCAGUUGUUAAUGCAGCAUUGACUCCGUCUGGCUACUGACAUACAGCCUUCCCAGAGCUACAGGAAGGCCACAGCUGGCAGGCUUCCGUCGCAGCUGUGAGGGCCAAGGAGCUAUCUCCAGUCUGUCUUUUAAAAUGCAAUUAGGAGUUAGUCACCAGCAUUCCUCAGAAAGGGAGGCUUCAGCUGCAACCCAACCCCAUGCCCAGGGCCGGGCUGAGUACAGAGGUGAUGCAGGGUGUUCAGCAAUGUCAUGAAGUCCUGAGGAUGACAAGUAAUGAACAGGGAUUGUCCUUGUGGUGAUCUUCAAGUGGGAGAUGUAUGGGUACAUGAGGGACUCAGGAGCCAACAGAAGAAAAGAACACAUGGAGAAGAAAUGGCAGUAGGCACUGCACCUAAAUAGCAACACACAGCACUGUGCUGCCAAGUGCCCAUGGAUGCUCUGUCACAUUCCCGUCCCAGGCUGUGCAGUGAUGGUUGUGUGCAGAACAAGCCCACAGUGUGUCCCAGCCUUGACAUCCCCAGGUGCCACCAAGCCUUCUUCAAGAGCAAUAGAGGACCACGUGAAGCACCAUCCCUGUACCUGGGGCAGGACGUGCUGCCUUUCUCACCAGACAUUUCUGUGGUAGCAGUAAUUUAAAGCCCCCAGAUUCAUUCAGAGGGCUUUAAACUAGGUAUGAAGGGGGAUGGGUGUGUAACUGGGGUCGCUAACACAAAGUCGGGGCCCAGUGCUUGCAGGAGAGGGACGUGCUUGUAAGAACCCAUGGUCUUGUGCCUUCGUGACGGAGGAGGAUGACUCUAUGAAGGGGGAAGGGGGUAAAGCCAGGUCUUCUAGGGAUAAGCCUGAGGAAGUGGUAUUGGGAUUAGGAGCAAGGCGAGGGGCUUGGCUGAGGUGCGCCUAUACCAAUGCACGCAGCAUGGGCAACAAACAAGAAGAGUUGGAAGCCAUUGUGAGGCAGGCAAACUAUGACCUAGUUGCCAUAACGGAAACAUGGUGGGAUUGCUCCCAUGACUGGAGUGCUGCAAUGGAUGGCUACAAACUCUUCAGGAAGGAUAGGCGAGGAAGGAGGGGUGGCGGCAUGGCUCUCUAUGUCAGGGAAUGCUUUCAUGCUGCAGAGCUUGCGACUGGGGAUGAUGUGGUUGAAUCCCUAUGGGUAAAGAUCAGAGGAAGGGCUGACAAGGCAGAUAUCCUGGUGGGCGUCUGUUAUAGACUGCCAAACCAGGAUGAAGAGGCAGAUGAGCUGUUCUAUAAGCAGCUGGCAGGAGCUGCAUGGUCACCAGCCCUUGUCCUCAUGGGUGACUUUAACUUCCCUGACAUAUGCUGGGAGUACAGCACGGUAGAGAAGAAGCAAUCUAGGAGGUUCCUGGAAUGCAUGAAGGAUAACUUCCUAAUGCAGCUUGUGAGAGAGCCCACAAGAGGAGCUGCCCCGCUAGACCUGCUGUUCACAAACAGGGAAGGUCUGGUGGGAGAUGUGGAGGUUGGGGGCUGUCUUGGACAGAGUGACCAUGAAAUGGUAGAGUUCUCGAUUCUAGGUGGAGCCUGGAGGGAGAAUAGCAAAACUGCCACCUUAGACUUCCGGAGGGCAGACUUUGAUUUGUUCAGAAGACUAGUAGGGGCAGUCCCCUGGCGUUCAGUCUUAGCGAACAAAGGGGUCCAAGAUGGCUGGUCGCUCUUAAAGAAGGAAAUCUUAAAGGCACAGGAGUGGGUGGUCCCCCUGAGCCGCAAAAUGAGCUGGUGGGGAAGAAGACAGACAUGGAUGAACUGGGAGCUGUUCUUAAGGUUGCGGGGAAAAAAAGAGAAUCUACUGCCUGUGGAAGGAGGGAAGAGCAACUCGGAACGACUACAAAGAGGUUGUUAGGAUGCGUAGAGGGAAAAUCAGAGAGGCAAAAGCCCAGCUUGAAUCUAAGCUGGCUGCUGAGGUAAAAACAAACAAAAAACUCUUUUACAAAUACAUUAACAGUAAGAGGAGGACAAAGGAGAAUAUUCACUCUUUGCUGGACGAGGCUGGGAAUGUGAUCACAGACGAUAAGGAAAAGGCAGAAGUUCUGAAUGCCUUCUUUACAUCUGUCUUUAAAAGUCAUCUCGGUUAUUCCCAGGGCUCCCCACGCUCUGACUUGGUAGUCUUGGCUGGGGAGCAGACUGAACCCCCUGUGAUUCUGGAAGAAGCGGUCAGGGAAUUACUACUCCAACUGGACUGCCACAAGUCCAUGGGUCCGGAUGAGAUUCACCCGAGAGUGCUGAGGGAACUGGCAGAGGUGAUAGCUGAGCCGCUUUCCAUCACCUAUCAGCGCUCCUUGUUAACAGUUCCAGCUUGGUUCCUGCUGUGGAGUGCUGCAUUGUGCUGUGUGGACAAACUCUGGCCUUCUGCUGUGUUUCUUAUGUAAUUAAUGGACAUUCACGGAGAUAACAGAGGGAGACACACCACUGAACAAAUGGCAGCAAAAGCAGCAAAAGGGUGGAUAUUGGAGCAACUGUCAAGUAAGUG